GUAUAUAUAUUUUUUUUCUUCUGGUACUUGUUUGUAGUUUGUACUUUUUUUGUGUACUGCUUGCGCUGUACAGCUGACGCGUAGGAGCACGUUGGACGUUGGAGCUUGGAGCUCCUGAAAGAUAACUGUGAGAUCUAGCGCGCCUUCGGGCGGUGAGGGAUCUGAAAGUAGUCACGUUCCUGAUAUGUAAAUACAAUGUGUUACUAGUAGUUUUAUUCGCAUUUUUCUUCAAUAUGAGAUCCCGUACGAGAUCUCCAACAUCACCACAAUCCUCUGAUAAGGUCUUGGAUUGCUAGGGCUUUCUAGAUCCUGAGCCCCAAGUGAUCUUUGGGCACUGUCUUCUUCGGGGGUGAAACUGCAGGCCGCCGGGCAGAAGGCAGAGGAGCCCUGCGGGCCAGAUGUCAUGCGGCCCGCAUUGCCCCUCAAGUCAAGCCAAGUUCAAGAGUGGGUCAAUUCUAUUCCUGCCGAUGAUGGUGGGUUGCUCGACCACAAAAAUCCAGACUCUUUGUUGGACAACAACCGGUCUGCUUGGACUGCUGGCCGCACUCAUGAGCAAGAAAUGGCAAAAGAAACCCUUCUGCCCAGCAAAGUGGUACUGGCUGGCCUACGCAGCAAACAGAGCAGCUUCAAUUCAGAGACCUCCUGUUUCUCCUCCUCGAGUGUGGAUUCGCUACUGGAAGCUCGUCGCGAGGAUCCUGAAGAGUUGCUCCUGGCCCUGGGCUUUGGUGCAUCUCCCCGAACUCCGUUGGGCCGAGUCCCCAAGCGCUUUCUCACCCAGCCAUCUGCUGCCCGAGGCAUCCUCGCUCGUGAGGAUGUAAUCGGAGAAUGGAGCAGCGGCGCGGCACCAUCCGGUCGGGCCGACGUCCCUCCUCAGCAGUGGAUGGCAAGUCGACCAUGAUGGACCGGUCGUGUGCCCUCAUCCUCAUGUACGGCAUUUACUUCUGCUACGUGCUGGCCUGCUUUGGCGCCGUGUCUGCCGUUGCGGGACUCAUGCUGGGCAUCACGAGUGAACAGCCCCGAGCCCAUGACAAGGGCAAAAUAAUAGCGGGCGUUGGGAUCGGGAUCUGUGCCAUCUGCUUUAUCAUUGCCUUCUACUGCCGCUCAGUGCGACUCGACGAACAGAUCAUGGAAAGCAUAAAGGAGGAAUGGACAGUAAACGCGGGCUGGUGGAACCUGCGUUACGGCACGGCUGCCGAGAGCCGUACCAUUCCUGUGCGGCCGAGCUCAGCUGCCUCCUCUGUUGUCGUCUACUACCAGACCAAGGCGGUCGAGAGCACCUGAACUCACUCGUGUCUUGUUGCAUUUAUUUGUACCAAAUUAGUAGAGUUUGAUGGGACUGAUGCCAAAGAUGCAACACAUUUAGAGCCUUAUAAUGAAGCUCGUGUUUUCUCUGUUACUAUAGCGAAAAAAAUCAAUAAAAGUAUCGUGUCGUGAA